GUAUAAUAUAUAGAUAAAUAUUCAAUGUUUACUUUAUUAAUUGGAUAUAUAUUGAUUGGUAUAUUAUUUUAUAUUGAAUACCGUUAUGAAUCACCACGAGCAUCCACCAUGCUACAAACAUCUGGUGAUGAUCAAGGAACAACCACCCUGUUAUUCGGUGUCUGGAUAAUGGCUCUUGUAUCUGGGGUAUUAUGGUCUCUCGUGGGAUUGGGCGAUAUGGAUACAACAAUAACGGUAAAUUGGCUAUUGACUUGGUUAGGUCUUGCUUGGAUUAUAGGUGGUAUUGUCAUGCUACGUUGGGCCAUUCACGUGAAUGCGUUUUAUUUACGUCCUUUAGCAACAACAGAUGACCAAUAUCUCUGUACCGAUGGUCCUUACAAAGUCAUUCGUCAUCCUGGUUAUUUGGCUUUUUACUUGGCUUGGGUUGGAUUUGGACUUGCUUCUGGUAACUGGGUUGCCUUGGUGAUGAUCGUCUUGGUCAUGGGAUAUGCAUAUAUACGUCGAAUUCAAGCCGAAGAACAAAUGAUGUUGGAACAAUUUGGUGUAGAUUAUCAACAAUAUGCUUCUGAAUCUUUCCGGAUCUUACCCUUUAUCUAUUGAAACUCAAUUAUCUAGUAGUGGUUAUAUAUAUAUAUGUAUAGUGUAGUAUUUGUUUUGUUGUAAUAAAAAAAAAACGGUGAAUGAUGAAGUC